AUGAAGAAUCGGAGUCCAUUUUCCGAGAGACCUGGGUUUCUCGCGGUGACUCUGGUUCUAUUGAUCGGCGCGGCGCUGGCCAUCUCCAGCUUCUGCCAGGGUGGCACCUCCGUCUUCUACUCCAUCGCCGGCCCCACAUUUCUACGCGCCGUCGACAAUAACUACUCGCCGGUGGCGAUCCAGAUCCAGGCCAUCCUCCACUACGCCACGUCGCGCCAGACCCCGCAGCAGUCGCGAAAGGAGAUCGGCGUGUCCUUCCAGGUCCUCAAGUCCCGCGCCCCCUGCAACUUCCUGGUGUUCGGCCUCGGCUUCGACUCCCUCAUGUGGGCCUCCCUGAAUCCACGCGGCACGACGCUGUUCCUGGAGGAGGAUCCCAAGUGGGUCCAAAGCGUCCUCAAGGACGCCCCCCAGCUGCGGGCCCAGACGGUGCGCUACCGCACGCAUCUCAAGGAGGCGGACCAACUCCUUUCCUCGUACCGCUCCAAACGGUCGUGCUCCCCGUCCGAGGCGGUCCUGCGUGGAAAUACGGAGUGCAGGCUGGCGCUGGACAACCUGCCGGACGAGGUGUACGACAAAGAGUGGGACCUGAUCAUGAUCGACGCGCCGCGCGGGUAUUUCCCGGAGGCGCCGGGCCGGAUGGGGGCUAUUUUCUCUGCGGCUGUCAUGGCGAGGAGGAGGCAGGGAUCCGGUGUGACGCACGUGUUCCUGCACGAUGUGGAUCGGAAGGUGGAGAAGGCGUUCGCGAAUGAGUUCUUGUGCAGGAAGUUUUUGGUUAAGGCGGUGGGGAGGCUGUGGCACUUCGAGAUCCCCUCCGCCGCAAACGCGACGCACGGUGACGGCUCGCGUUUUUGCUAAAUCCCGCGGCGGUCGUAACGGCGAGCUUGGAUAGGUGGAGAAGCGUUACGCAUUACUACUCGCUGCUUUCUCUCUCUCUUUUUUUUUAUUUUUUAUUGAGGAAUUAUUUUAAUUUUAUUUAAUUAUGAAUUGUUUUUACAGUA